AUGGGGUUCAAAAGUUACCUGCGCAGGGAACCCACACGCCCGAAACUGGUGGGGCUUAGAUCAGCCAAAUGGUUUAUCAUCUUUACUGUUUCGUUUGCGGCGUCGACUGAUUAUUUUAUGUACGGUCUGAUUGUUCCCGUCACACCAACCGCGUUAGAACGCAGAGUCGGUAUUUCGAAAGAUGAUGCUGUUGUGGGUUAUCUCGCCGACCGAGCUGAAUCUCGCCGCUGGCCACUUCUUUUUGGAUUGGUAGCACUUGGUGCUGCAACGGCAUUGCUGUGCAUCGGAACCAACAUCGGUCUUUGGAUCGCUGGUCGACUGUGCCAGGGCGCGGCUUCUGCCGUUGUAUGGACUGUUGGUAUUGCUUUGUUGGUCGACACCGUGGGUAAAGAGGGGUUUGGUCAAGCAGUUGGAUAUGUGUCAAUGGCCUUGAGCAUGGGCACAGUAGCCGGUCCACUGCUUGGAGGUGUCCUGUACCAGCACGGUGGAUACUAUUCUGUGUUUGGACUUGCCUUUGGGUUGAUCGGCAUCGACAUCUUUCUUCGGGUGGUGCUGAUUGAAAGAAAACAUGCUCUUCCCUGGCUUGCCCCCGAGAUGAGGCCAUUGUCGCCAGUCCGGGAGAAGGACGAAGAGCAUACAGCGAAUAAUUCGCGCGGCCCGGUCGUUGAUGCUCUAUCAGCUGAGGAUCAAGAAAAGUCGAAACGCUCUCGUCAUCCUUUGAGACAGGUCGCAGCCCUGCUGGGAACACCACGUCUCGCAGUUGCUCUCUGGGGAUACUUUGUUGUGUCCCUGGUCCUAUCGUCAUUCGACAGCGUACUUCCACUCUUUGUCGAAGAUACCUUUGGCUGGCAACAAACUGGCCAAGGUCUCAUCUUCUUCCCGAUCAUGAUUCCUCACAUAGUUGAUCCUAUCACUGGAAUGAUUAUUGAUCGAUACCCCAAGUCACCUCGAUAUCUUGUGUCGGCUGCAUUUCUCUGUGCUGUGCCACUGUCGGUUCUUCUGAGAAUCGUGAAAAACAACACCAUGCACGACAAGGUCGUCCUUUGUGCAUUGCUCGCGCUGCUGGGAUUAUGUAUUGCCGUUGCAAUGACUCCACUUGCCGCUGAAGUCUUUUAUUCUGUCAAAGAGAAAGAGAUUCAGUCCCCUGAUAGCUUUGGUCGUGGAGGUGCGAUGGCUUUGGCUUUUGGCUUGACUAAUAUGAGCUUUGCAACAGGUACCCUGAUCGGGCCAUUCUUUGCUGGAUUCAUUCGACAAAGUGCUGGCUGGGGUACCAUGGGUUGGGCCAUGGGCUUGAUUGCUGGCGUCUCUGCGGUUCCUGUGCUGCUUUUUCUUGGUGGGUGGAUCUCGAAAGAGCCCGUUGCUCAUGAGGACCAAGGUGGCUCGCAAUGA